CUCCUUUCCUAAGCAGAGCGGACUACGAUUCCCACUGUCCUCCGCGCCCGGGGGCGGGGAAAAGGACUCGGAAACCGGAUGGGCAGCUGAGCCAGGUGACGGUGACAUGGCUGUGCCCCAGGCUUUCCCACCGGGGCCCCUCCAUGAGCCUGCAGGUACCUUGGUGGAGCCCCAGCUCUGCCCUCGAAGCUUGGCUGAGGGCUUCCUGGAGGAGGAGCUUCGGCUCAAUGCUGAGCUGAGCCAGCUGCAGUUUUCUGAGCCUGUGGGCAUUAUCUACAAUCCUGUGGAAUACGCGUGGGAGCCUCAUCGCAGCUACGUGACCCGCUACUGCCAGGGCCCCAAGCAAGUGCUCUUCCUGGGCAUGAACCCGGGGCCCUUUGGCAUGGCCCAGACUGGGGUACCCUUUGGGGAAGUGAGCGUAGUCCGGGACUGGUUGGGAAUUGGGGGCUCUGUGUUGAGCCCUCCUCAAGAACACCCUAAGCGACCAGUGCUGGGGCUGGAGUGCCCACAGUCAGAGGUGAGUGGUGCCCGGUUCUGGGGCUUUUUCCGGAACCUCUGUGGACAGCCCGAGGUUUUCUUCCGCCACUGUUUUGUCCACAAUCUGUGUCCUCUGCUCUUCCUGGCUCCCAGUGGGCGCAACCUCACCCCCGCCGAUUUGCCUGCCAAGCAGCGAGAACAGCUUCUUGGGCUCUGUGACGCGGCCCUCAGCCGGCAGGUGCAGCUGCUGGGGGUGCGGCUGGUAGUGGGCGUGGGGCGGCUGGCGGAGCAGCGGGCACGGCGGGCUCUGGCUAGCCUGAUGCCCGAGGUCCAGGUGGAGGGGCUCCUGCACCCCUCCCCUCGGAGCCCACAGGCCAACAAGGGCUGGGAGCCAGUGGCCAAGGAGAGACUGAAUGAGCUGGGGCUAUUGCCGCUGCUAACAAAAUGAGCGUCCCUGGGGCCUGGCAGAGGGACACAUUCAAGGCCCCCAGGUCCUUCUUGGGCGAGCAGAUGACUACACGCCUCCUGGACCGGAGCAGGAAGAUCCUCCUCGGGUGUCUGGUUGCUGGGACCUGCCACAGCAGUUUUGACACUAUUCCGGCUUGCUCUCCUGAUUCCCGCCUUCUUCCCCUUCCUUUGAGCACUGCCUUUUUGGAACCGAACGCCACAGAGAGGCAACACCUGCAAACUGCUUACUUCACUGUUUCUUUGAGAGCCUCUGUUCAGCUGAGUGACCUCCAAGGUCUUAUUUGCUAUCUCAGAGAAAAGAUCCUGCCAGGAUGCGCACCCAUUCUCAGGGAGGAGUGUCCUUCAGCUGACCCCUCUCCUCACAGGGACCAGGACAAAGCAUGGGGCAUGGGUAUUAAGAAUGAACCUACGGAAGACUGAGGCUGGAUCAGAGAGAGGAAGAAUUCAGUGUGGCAGCGUGGGGAAGGCUCGAAGACCUGUUGAGACUUGUGAACUUGACUUUGGGCGUGUUGAUUAACCUCUUCAAGCCUUGGGGUCCUCAUCUGUAGCGUGGGGAUCCCUACCUCAUGGGGUUGGUGUGGGGAUUAACUGAGAUAACACUUAAAGUGCCUUGUGUGGUACCUGGCACAUAGAUGCUCAUUACACCUCUUUUUUCUUGUCUCCGGUUGGGGGGUCCCUGCACUACAAGGGAAGCCCCUCCACUUGAAGGCCGUGGGGAGAAGUCUCAGCCUCCACCUGUGGCCUGGGUGAGGGCAGACUUGCCCUGCCAGGGAUGGACCAAUGACUUUAUGAAAAACCCAGCCUGUGAUUUUUCAGUCUAAGCAUUAAAAGCUCCUAAAUCUU